AUGCCUACUCCAAGGAGACCCGACUUUGAAAAGUUCGAGAAAUUCGAGGACAGACCAGAAUCUAGAGGACAUCGCAGAGGAGUGCCAAUCUCAAUGCAAUCUCCUUCUACAGAUAGUCCUAGAUCUCAGUCGCGAGCUUCCGAACGAUCUUCGUAUCAGACCAAUGUCACAUCUCUACCCGCCCUUCAGCAAAAAGGCGCAGACGAACAUGACCAACUUGAGCCACUGGAUGAGGAGGACCUCGACCCUGGCUCCUUUGAUCUGGUAGCACCAGCAGAUACUGGGAUCAAGCAGUAUUCCUUGGAGACCAGAUCUGAGCAGUUGUUUUCUACAGAGCAUUUGCAAGUCAUUUUCAAUGAUCCUUCGCUCUUGCUACGCUUCACUGCGUUUCUCAGUGCUCAGAGAACUUCUUCGAUACCUAUCCUAAUUUAUUACUUGGAUGCCAUUAAGGCUUUGAAAGCUAUCAGCUACUCAAAUGCCAUCGCGGAGGCUUUAGAUCCCAUAGGUGGUUUUGACUUCACACAGACCACGGCCUCAAAGACGAUCAAUGCAGAUCUAGAAGAAAAAUCAAAACAAGCAUUUGGCGUUCUGGUCAGAGAGGAUUUGCCCGCUUUUGUCACGCAUACCUACAUUCAAACGGUCAGCUUGUCGAUUCAGAGAAGGAUCACUGGAACUCUUCCAUCGAGUUUGAGAGAAGCUUCGGAGGGCUUGGCAGAAGUCUUUUGUUUGACUGACCCCUCGAGACCUGAUAAUCCCAUUGUCUUUGCAUCAGAAGAAUUCCACAGAACUACGCAGUACGGCAUGAGCUAUGUCCUUGGUCGGAAUUGCAGAUUUCUUCAAGGUCCAAAGACAAACCCAUUCAGUGUCAGGAGAAUUCGUGAGAAGAUUGACGCUGGUGUGGAGCAUUGUGAAGUCUUCCUCAACUAUCGACGAGAUGGGUCUCCUUUCAUGAACCUUUUGAUGUGUGCCCCCCUCUGCGAUAGUCGAGGAACGAUCAGGUAUUUCAUCGGAGCUCAGGUCGAUGUUUCUGGUCUGGUCAAAGAAUGCUCAGAUAUGGAGUCGCUAAAGCGCCUUGUAAUCAUGUCGGAGGAAGCAAAAGCGGACACAAAUACAGACUUCGGCAAGCCAGCCAAAGAUGAAUUCCAAGAGCUUAGCGAAAUGCUAAACUUGCAAGAGCUAGACACAGUCAGGCGAUGGGGUGGACGAAUGCAUAAAGAGAGCCAAGAAUUGGAUGCAGAAACACACGCAGGCGGGAACUGGGCGAAGUCUCGUGUUCUGAUUACUUCAGGUAGUCCUGAUGGAAGCAAGGACUUCUCUUCCCUGAGCCGAGGAAGUGGAAGAUUGAGUGGCAUUUACGAGAACUACCUCUUGAUCCGCCCAUACCCCAGCUUGCGCAUCCUGUUCGCGUCACCUAGCUUGCGGGUGCCAGGCAUCUUGCAAAGCCCCUUCAUGGCCAAGAUCGGCGGAAGUGAUCGAGUGCGAAACGAAUUGACUCAAGCUCUCGCUGAUGGUCGAGGUGUGACUGCCAAGGUGAAAUGGGUCUCGAAAUCUGAUCUGGAAGGAAGAAAUCGUUGGAUUCACUGCACGCCACUCAUCGGCAGCAACGGUGUCAUUGGUGUCUGGAUGAUUGUCCUUGUCGAUGAUGAAACUUCGACAGCGCCUGGCAAGCGAUUCAAAAUGGCUCCUCCUGUCGAUCCAAAAUUCGGACGAUCAUUGCCUGUUCAUCUCAAGGAUGAUGGUAGCCUAAGAGAUUUUGCUCUCAUGAAUGGAGGCCGAGAAGGGAGCGUCAGAGGUGGGCAAGGAAGUAUUCGGAGCUUUCAUGAUACUGAGAGGUCCGCGAGUCCUUAUUCCCUGAGGAUCGAGUAA